GAUGGAAACCUGUACUGUUAAAAAUCAGCCACUACAUAAUUAUUCUGAAUGAUGGUGAACCAGAAUCAAGAGAAGAGGCAGUAGGCCUUUUUCAUUAGGCAUAACCCUGCAGAUACACAGAUCUGAUUUACUCAUAUGCCCCAGUCACUCCAUGUUCCCAACCUCUUUUCCAACAAAAAUUCUGGUUUGUCCUCCACUCCUUCAGAAGAUGAAGUUGCCAAAUGAUUCCUGUGCAUUUAUCAGGUCCAGACACAAGCAGCUAAGAGAGGCUUUGCCAGGGAUGAGGCUUAGGGAGUUUUUAUGUUGAAUUCCUGCCCUGCCCCUUUAAAGGCAGAGGAGCGCUGCCAGCGACGAGAAGGUGACAACCCAGCCUCUCCCGAAGCCUUGCUCAGGAAGGAAAGGGUUACGCAAGAGGAGCAAGGCAGCGGCGGGGAUCACGCAGCGCCCGCUCUUUCCGCUUCCUGCUACGGCGUCGGGGAAGACGAGCUGCUGCGAUCUCGCGGUGACUGAUUUCCUAGGACAAGAUGGAGCUGGAAAUAUCUGCAUAAUUACUGAAAGGCCUUUUGGACCUUUCUUCCUUCCCAGCAUUCUUCUGCGUGCACCCUUCCAUCUUGGCUGCUGCCCACGAUGAAGAAAAAUCUACGGAAAAACCAGGACGAACGUUACCGCCUGAAGUUCCAGCGUCUUGGCCGUGUGGCCAAGGUGCUCGUUUACGAGAAUGCGGCCUUGUGCGACGAGAUCGCCCGGCUGGAGGCCAAGUACCUGCGGGUACGGGAAGAGCGCCGCUUCCUGCUUACUCGCCUCUUGCAGGCCCAAGCCCUGGCCGAGGAUGACUCCCCCGCGCCUGCUAUGGUGGCCAGCCUGCAGCCUUCCCCGGAUGAGCCGGCCACUCGCAAACCCCGCCGGGAGCGCAAAGGCAAAGAAAACGGCCGAGCCUCCAAGCGCAGGGCACCCCCAGAGCUGGGCAUCCGCCGGCUGGUCCCCCCGCUUCCCCUGGAUCCUUCCGGACGGCCAAUUUUUCCUAUCGUUUUGGGUCCACUGACCGUCUACAGCCUGGGCGAGAUUGUCUCGGACCGCCCCAGUUUCCACACGGAGAACGCCAUCUACCCUGUGGGGUACUGCAGUACCAGGGUCUUUGCCAGUACCCGCAGGCCCAUUCACCGCUGCCUCUACACCUGCCAGAUCAAGGACGGGGGCACCGGGCCGCUCUUUGAAAUCGCCCCCGAAGAUGAACUGGGGGGCGUGAUCACCGGCUCCACCCCGGAUGGCUGCCACGCUCAGCUGCUGGAGGCAGUGGGGGCUGCCCAGCUUCAGCCAGCAGGGGCCGAAUUCUUUGGGCUGUCACAUCCCGUGAUCCAGCACCUCAUCCAGAGCUGCCCGGGGGCACACAAGUGUGCUGGGUACCACUGGUGCCGCUUUGAAGUCUGUCGCCCAAACGACGGGCCCCCUCCGGAGGGGCUAUCUCCAGAAAACCCUGGCACUGAUUUUGAGGCGUUCCAGAGUCAAGGCUUGGCCGGGCCUAUGAACCUGGACUUCCCAGCCACUUCUCCUUCUCCACCCAGCGGAAACGGCUACGCUGAACUUUUCCUGCCUUGUGCUCCUUCGGCUGGGUCCCCCCUCCCUCCAAGUCCCGAGACUGACCCUGAUUGAGCGCAGCGGGGGUGGCAGCUUUCAGUGGGGUUCACACUUCCUUUCUAGCUCCUCUGCAGGGAGGGUGAGGGGAGAGCAGCGGUGCCUGAUACCACUAGAAUGGGCUUGGUUGAAACGUUCAGGGGGGCUUUUCUUCGUCUUUAGGCUUGCAGCGGGUCCAAGCACCUGCUUUAUCUGUAGUUGUGGAGACUGUAUGACCACGCAUGUUCUGAUCCUUGAAAGUGAAUGUUCAUUUUGAUCCCAGAAGAUCCCAAACAGCCAAAGGACUACUUGGGGACCACAUAUGAGAUGGGAAGGAGCACAUGUGGCUUACCAACCCCUGGAGUACAGCAUUGCAUGCCUGGGGGAAAAAAAAAAAAACUCUUGCCUUUAAGUGAACAUCUACUCUCAGAGUUUUCCUGUAGCUGGGAUAGCAAUUGAUGUCAAAAUGUUCCCACUGUAGCCUAAUUGAAAAAGUGGUGUUAGAUCAUGUGUUCAGUUUAGACAUCAGUUAACAUUAACAAGGGUGAUUUUCUGCUUUCACCCAGAAUCUUCAAAGGGGUUUAUCGAAGAAAAGUCAGUUCAUAUACUGUAUAUAUAUUAAAUUAUGCUCAUUAGGCAAUGAUACUGUCAACCACACGCUAGUAUGCUGUUAAGAUACCUUCUCAUUGUAAAUGAUUGUGUAAACUUCCCUUCCUAUGCCAUUUUGUAAUGUGUGAAUGCUAAUAGACUAGCAAUUAAAUUACAAAUGUUA